CUUUUUCAAGAGUUGCUUCUCCAGCAAGCUAGCUAUCCGUAAGUCCAAACCCCGCGCAUGUGGGGAAGGCGGGGUCCUGGGGCACGGCGGAAGCAAGGGGAAAGACAGAGACUCUCCAAUCUCUUCACUUACGUCCUCCCUCCUGGAAAGGAACGAGAGAGAGAGCGGAGGCAUGGCUUCGUCGUCGGCGAACUCUCGUCCUUCUCUUCCCAUAAUGAAGAUGAAAAGCCUGAUCGUCGACAAGAUCCAGAUGAAUCGCGUCACGCUUAUCGUCGGGGACACUGGUUGUGGUAAAAGCUCUCAAGUACCUCAAUUUCUUUUGGAGGAGAAUUUGGAACCAAUACUUUGCACACAGCCUCGAAGAUUUGCUGUUGUUGCAAUUGCUAAGAUGGUUGCAGAAGCUCGUCAUACUGCUGUUGGAGAUGAAGUGGGUUAUCAUAUUGGUUAUUCAAGGGUGGUGGCUACAAGGUCUAAAAUUGUCUUCAAAACAUCUGGCGUCUUGUUGGAAGAAAUGAGGGAUAGAGGAUUAUCUGCCCUUACAAAGUACAACAUUGUUAUUCUUGAUGAAGUGCAUGAAAGAUCUGUGGAAUCUGAUAUGGUUCUUGUGUGUGUGAAACAAUUCUUAUUGAGAAACAGAACCUUGAGAGUUGUAUUGAUGUCUGCUACGGCUGAUAUAAAUAGAUACAGAGACUAUUUCAAAGAUCUCGGAAGGAACGAAAAAGUGGAAGUUAUUGCAAUACCAAAUCAUCCACAGCAAUUAAUCUUUCAGAGGCAGGUCUUAUACCUUGAACAGGUUAUUGAACUAAUUGGCAAACAUGCCAAAUCUUUGUCUGGAAUGGAGGAUUCAGCAAUGACUUUCUUUUCUGAUGAUGCUGAAAUCAAAGAGCGAAUGCAUGAACUCAUUUCUGACUUGGUGGUCCACGUUCAUAAAAGUGAGCCUGAUAUCAAGAAAAGCAUUUUAGUCUUUCUCCCAACAUACAGGGCAUUGGAACUGCAAUGGUUGCAGUUAAGGUCCUUAGAACAGUUCUCUUUUGAAAUUCACAUUUUACAUAGCAGCAUUGAUACAGAACAGUCACUUAAGGCCAUGCAAGUCUCGAUGUCACAUCGCAAGGUGAUACUAGCAACAAAUAUUGCAGAAUCUUCAGUAACAAUACCUGGAGUAGCAUUUGUAAUUGAUUCAUGUCGUUCCUUACAAAUUUUUUGGGAUGACAAUAGGAAGAGGGAUGUGUCAGAGCUUGUUUGGGUGUCUAAGUCCCAGGCUGAUCAACGUAAGGGAAGAACAGGUAGAACCUGUGAUGGUAUGAUUUAUCGGUUAGUUUCUCGAUCUUUUUAUUCCAAUUUGGAGGAAUUUGAAAGGCCAGCGUUGUUGAGAUUAUCUUUAAGGAAGCAUGUUCUUAUGAUAUGCUGCUCUGGAUCAAAGGCAAUUAAUGAUCCUAAAGCUCUUAUGCAGAAGGCUUUGGAUCCUCCAAAUCCUGAAAUAGUUGAAGAUGCAUUGGGGUUUUUGGUUCGUAUCCAUGCUCUGGAAAAAUCAAAAUCUUCAAGAGGACGAUAUGAACCAACUUUCUAUGGAAGAUUACUGGGGUGUCUUCCACUUUCAUUUGAUGCAUCAGUUCUUUCAAUCAAAUUUGGUGCUAGUGGAAUGUUGCGUGAAGGUAUUCUGCUUGGUAUAAUGAUGGAUGUACAGCCACUACCUGUUCAUUACCCAUUUGGUGAGCACCAGCUGUUUGCAGAACAUCUUGAACAGUAUUUCAAGUAUGAUUCUCGAGGUAUAGUGUCUGCAGAUAGAAAAGAACUACUUCUUAUGGGAAAUUUGUGUGCCUUUGAGUUCUGGAUGCGUGUGUUUAAGGAUAAGCAGCACCUGGACUUGUUAAACAAUGUUCUCAGUGUUGAAAAUUCAAAGGCUACAGUUUUGGAAUUUCCAAACCUUGAGGUGGAAUGGUGCAGUUUUCACAAUCUUGUUCCAACAUCACUGCAUGCUGUUGCUGAAGCAUAUGAGGCUGUUCUCAGUUCGAUGCACCGAUACCGUCCACAAUUUUUGGCAGUGACACAUGAACCUCCAACUUACUAUGAACCUCACGAGUUCAUGCACAUAUGCCUUCUUCAAUCAAAACAUUUAGAUGGUGUAGAUGCUGGACCUACUAUUUCUGAUCUCACUUCCCAGUCCAGAAAGUGUGUCGCGUCACCAUUUGUUGGUUCUAUGGAUUUUUGUUCUAGUAUUGUUGCUGAGCAAUUGAAGAAAAUUGUCAAGGAGAUAAGAAUUCAGUUUUCGGAGGAUACACCUGAGCAGCAACCUCAUCAUGUGAAUUCUUUUACAUCCUUUAAUACAGGUCCUCAAUGUAAAUUUUUCAUAAAUGGAGGUUGCAACCGGGGAAGCUUGUGUCCUUUUUCACAUUCACAUGAAGCGAUGCGACCCUUGUGCAAAUUUUUUCUCUCUCUCGAGGGGUGUCGAUAUGGUGAAUCCUGCUAUUUUUCUCACAGCCUUGAGCAAAAUGUUAUGCCAUUAAACUUACAGUACGAGUGCUUGCCUGAAGAAGCUGAUGCUGAUACUGACGCUUACUCGCUUAUGGAAAUCUUACUUCCUGAUGAUGGCCGGUCUAUACUUAUCCUGGAUAAUAGUACUGAACUCUACUUCUCUGCCAACCUGUCUAAUCAUUUCAGUGCACUGAUGAUAAUUGCAACCUCAUCAUUGUCCGGUAUGCCAACAUUUGAUGGUUUGGACAAUGUCGAAAUAGUAGGGGGUGUUCAUGAUAUCCACAAAUUGGUUCUCACAAAUCAAAAGGACAUGAAGGUUUCAUGGAAGAAGGUCCAGAAGGUGUUAUGGUUUGCUGAGUUCUUCAAUGAUGAAGAUACAGAAAGGCAACGCCAACUGGUGCAGAAAUUUUUCGAGUCUUUUGCCAUUAGAAUGUUAGCUGAUGCCUUGCUUGAUAUUCGAGUUAUCCUAAUCAUGAACAACAACAAGUUCGCACAUCUACGGGUGGAAAAGUUGGGAAGGGACUGCUUCUUUUUCCUUACUGAAUCAUUUCCAUUUGAUGAAGCAAGUUUUGGAGCAUUUCAAAAUAUUGCCAGUACAAGUGGCAGCUUAGCUUUUUCGAGAACUGUUUCAUAUGUUUUUGAUCUGCAUCCACCCAGUGACAUGCUUUUUGGAGAUUAUUCCUCAAUGCUGCGGAAGGGUCUAUAUUGUACACAAUGAUGAAUUUCUAAUGGUUUGGCACGAUCCCAGAUUCAGAAGGCCUUCAUUGAAAGUGGAGAUGCGCCACGGUGUUUUCCUGCAUACUGAAGGAGAAUCUCGAACAAACCUGUCUCCACUUGAAAUAUCUGACAUCUACGACAAAAUGAGCCUAAGGUGCGUUGGUCCAAGGGUCAGUUGUACAUGUGCUUAUAUAUCAUGGAAGGAAUGGGCGAGUUGGCUCUAGUUGAACUGAGUGAUGAACAUGACUUCUUGCAUUCGGUUUGAGCAACAUGAUGAAAGUGUCUGCGGUUCAACCGUCCAAGGAAAUUUCAGUCUUUGAGUUGUAGACUGUGGCCGAGACUAUAACAGUAAACAGAUACAAAAGUUAAACCAGGGUAACUAGAGGCGUAUCCUGGCCACUCUAUUAGUUACAUAAUUACGACCCACUUUUUCCAACGGAGAUUUCUCGAUUUGCGAAAUGAAAAUUUUUAUGGGGCCACGAGCCGCAUGAAAUUAAGGUAGGCGCUGCAAAGAAAAGGAGACAAACCCCAUGGACUUUGUUGAUGAUGAUGGUGUUGACGGCUGUUUUCCGAGACAUUGCGAGGCGUUAAAAUGAACGGCCGUUGGGAUUGCGGAUGUAGAAGGGUGGUUUAUGCAUUCUUUCGGCAAAACAAUGGGGACGCAAAAGUUGGGCAUGCAAAAUCUUAAUUAUUGCUUCUGGAAUCGAAGGUGCCAUUUGAAUCAUGGGCAACAGUCUGCUUUGAAAAGGAAUGUAACUCUACCUUUGAACCACCUUCACUACCUUUUCAUCAAAAUCAAUUUUGCAAUGUGGAUACGCAGAUAAAGCAAGGACGAAAUUCUCUCUCUCUCUACCGACGGGGGGUGUAAACAUCAAGGGCAGGCACUACUUGAUGGGGACUAAGAAGGAAUCGGCCCUCCUCUUUCAUGCUCUGGUCAGGUGAUAAUGCUACAUUUGUUCUGUUGAAAGAGACUGUUCCUACCACGUGUCCUGAUGACAGAGACUAUGAACCUAUCUCGUGUCCUUUCAGUGAGAAUUUGUAUUUCUUAUUCUUUAAGGAAGGGGCAAGGAUAGGUGGGGACUGGUUUUGCAUCUCGGUGGACUUGGGUUAGCAGCUCCACGACACU